CAUAAAGUUCAUUUAAUGUUAUCUCUCUUUCUCUACCCCUUAUCUACUUCUUGCUAUGCAAAUUCAACCAAAACAAAACGAUCAAACCAAAGACAGAACAAAAACAUCAACAAAAACCAAAGCUACAACCUCAGGCUUUCAGAAAAUGAAAAAGAAUCUUUUCCCUGAAAGCGAAAGUGUCUCAGCCCAGAAGAAGAGAGAGAUAAUGGAAGAUCUUGUUAAGGGCCAUGAAGCUGCUACUGAACUAAGACUUCUGCUUCAGAACCCCUUUGGGACUGAACCCUCUCUCUCUUCUCAUCACCUCAUAGCCAAGGUGCUCAGAUCUUUCACACAAGCUCUUACUAUUAUCAAUUCUUCCCCUUUGGCACCUGCUUCUGCAGAUGGGCUGGCUCAUCGGAAUCUCCUGUUUUCCGGCGAAAAUGGGCCGUCUGUUCCCCGUUCCGGCAACUGUCCGACAUCUGGAGAUUGCAGUGAGAAGAGAUCCAAAAAGGGUGGGAGAGGUCGCUACAACAGAAGAAAGAGUCUCCUCACAUGGACUGAGCUAUCUUACACUACUGAUGACAAUCAUGCCUGGAGGAAGUAUGGACAAAAGAAAAUUCUGAAUUCUGAAUUCCCUAGGGGUUACUUCAGGUGCACUCAUAGGUAUGAUAAAGGUUGCAAAGCAACGAAACAAGUGCAGAGGGAUGAACAGUAUCCUCAGAUGUAUCAAACUACUUACAUUGGCUCUCACACAUGCAAUGCCAUCUCCGAGAUUGUAACAAACUCAACAGAUUCUUCCAAUUGGGAAUCUUAUCUUUUGAAUUCUGAUCAUGAUUCUGUGCAUGAACCCCUAAUAGCUCACCAACCUUAACUGUAAAACAAGAAUUUCCCAAAGAAAGUAAAACAUCAAGUGAUCUCACAGAUUACAAGCCAUUCGAGCCUAGCUUGGUGUCAGAUUUGAAGGAUUUUGAACCAUUCAUGCCCUCCAUUGUGCCCUAGCGAAGAAGGCAGAUAGCAAUGCAGGCAUCUCUUCAUUUGGGUUUCACUUUGAGCAAGUGUAUUAAUAAGGUUCUUUAUAAAUACUUUAAAACAAGAAGAAAAUUCAAAUAAAUUUAUUUCUAAAUGAAAGUUUUAUGUGCAUUAA